GCCGAGGAGGUAUCUGCUCUAUCGAUACGGGAACUGAUCGCGAAACAGAUGUGUAGGAAAUCGAUCCCUGGAGCGUUAGUAUUGUAUAUUAACGUAAUCGGGACUUCGUCGUAAUCUCUGGGACCCGCAUCUCUAAAUCAUAUAGGACGUAUUGAUACUGUAGGGUUCUUAACGGAUUAUAACCUUCCCGUGAAGGUAUACGGAACGAUUGUAUUGAUAUCAAUGGUUGAUCUACCCCAGUGACCCGUUACUACUAUACACUUCCGAUAGGAAUGCAGUGCAGUCUGAAAAUCGGCAAACAUGGAAAACUUUAUAUUACUCAAGUUAUAUAUGUGAUUUUUUUACUGUGAGAUGGAUUUAUGAAAGCGAGCAGACUCGACUGGGAUAAACAUCUAGGUCUGUCUGGAGUAAACAAUCAACAGUGACCAUUUGGGGACGGAUUAAUAUGCUUUUGCGUGUUACGAGUGAAGACCGUUAUCGAAGAAGCAGACGAUCAAUUGGAAAGAACGCAGGAAAGCCUGUAUACUCUGCCAAACGUAGGGCUGUUUCACGCUAUUGAGCUAACGUGGACGAAAUAUGCAACGAAGUAUUCAACUGUUGUGGGUAAGGAUAUGGAAUACGGCUAUUGGAUGAGGUAAAAUAAAGGAUACCUACAGGAAACUCGACAUUGAUCGAAGAGUCAUGUUUGAGGCAAAUACGAGAACGGAACUAUAAUUUGAUGAGGAAACACCAAAUGAGGCCUCAAAAGAUAUUGUGAGAGUGUUUAUUUUAAAGCCCGGAGAGUGUGGAAAUAUUUUAAAACUAAACUAAAAUGGAGGCGAUAGAAAAAUGGCGGUAAAUAAUGCCACAGCAGAAAACUCCGGAAGGUUUUCUGCUUCGUCUACUUCCUGGUCAAGUGACGUCACUCGGAUCUUAGAUCCCGCAGGAGUAUAUGAAACCACGGAAAAAUCGUUGACGACAGUUAUUGGAGCAAUUCUACAAACUACCACGUCUUCCAAUCUCACCCCACUAAACAUUUCCGCACAAGUCGAUCAGCUAUCCUCCGCCAGUGAGCUGGUUACGUCGUCCUCGUUUUCAAACUUGAUAACCGUUGACGUCACAGAUGUUGGAAACUGGACCAACCAGACGUCAGCACCCGGACCCCUACAAACACUUCCGGAAAUCGUUGCUCUGUCAAUACUUGUAAUAACACUUGCUCCGGCGACGAUAAUCGGUAAUCUGUUAGUAAUAAUCGCGUUCAAGAUCGACAAACAACUACAGACGAUAAGUAAUUACUUCCUGUUGAACCUGGCCGUUGCCGACAUGGCUAUAGGGUUUGUGUCCAUGCCGCUAUAUACAGUGUACACUUUGAUGGGUUAUUGGCCACUCGGGUCUCUCUACUGUGAUCUUUGGCUUUCUAUAGAUUAUACAAUGAGUAACGCUUCCGCGGCCAACCUGAUGCUCAUCAGUUUCGAUAGGUACCUGUCAGUGACGAGGCCGCUUACGUAUCGAGCCAAAAGAACAACCAAGAAGGUGCUUAUUAUGAUAGGACUCUCCUGGGUGAUAUCUGCGUUGUUAUGGACGCCUUGGAUAUUCGCGUGGCCAUACCUCGAAGGUAAACGAACUGUACCGGAAACGGAUUGUUAUAUCCAGUUUCUAUACACAAAUGCCUACGUCACGAUUGGUACCCAUUUGAUUGCGUUUUAUAUUCCAGUGACUAUUAUGACUGUUCUGUAUUUUAAGAUUUACAAAGAAACGCGAAAAAGACAGAAACGUAUGCCAAUGUUACAGGGCAUGAAAGAAAUGAUUAAAAAGAAAAAGGCGUCGGACAUCGAUGAUUACGACUUCUAUGCUCGGCGUUACGAAAAUGAAUUCGAUGACGUUUACGACCUAGCUGAUAUGCUAGUCGAACCCGAUAAAUCCAUCUGGUCAAGGUGCUCGUGCUGUAAGAUUGACCGUGACUAUGAGGCGGACGAGUCGAGCGCUAGCGACCCUGCGUCUCCGACAGCUAUUAACAGUUCAUUUUCGGAUGCACAUUCUUCGUCAGUGCGUUCCCAGAUUUACACCACUGAUCAAAAUCGAACGAUAAAUAAACAAAUGAAUGGACGAACAUCAAGCGGUAAAAAGAAAAGUGGCAACACCAGUAAUUUGGUCAUUCCGCUGAUGGCGAUGGAGGCUGCGAGAUUCACGCCUUUGAUCUCCAGGACACCACGUGAUGACCGGUCACCAUUUUGCACCGAACAAUCGACGGGAAGGUUUGACACCGCAACAAAGCAGAGAUUUGACGAACCUCUUAUAGAAGAAUGUGAGGAUCUAUAUACAAUAGUUAUUAAUUUCCCAAAUACAAAAUCCGAUUCUGAAAUCGGGCCUUCGAUACGAAUGCUUUCAGAUGACGAGGACACGAACAUCGUGUCACCAAACAGACAUUCAAAAAUAUCAGAGGAUGAUAGCGAUUCUUUAUCGAACGAGGGCUUAGCACGGGAAGAAUCUACAUUUUCAUUUCAAAGUUUAGAACGGACUCGAGAGAAUUGUUUACCCCCACCUAAAGGGACGCCGGCAUUAGGUCGAAGAACGCGUUCCAACGAUGCACAGAGAUCAGCGCAAAACGCGAAGUUGGCGGCACAGGUUGCAUACAAAGUGAAGCAACAACGUGCAAGGAAAAAACGAUCGGAAAAGAAACAGGAAAAAAAGGCCGCAAAGACACUGAGUGCCAUAUUGUUGGCAUUUAUAGUGACAUGGACGCCAUACAACAUUGUGACGCUGGUAGAAAUAUUCUGUAAAGGUUGUGUGCCACAUCUACUCUACAACUUCGCCUAUUUCCUGUGUUACAUCAACAGUACAGUAAACCCGGUGUGCUACGCGUUGUGUAACGCAAAUUUCCGGAAGACUUUCUGGAAGAUUCUUACCUGUAGUUUCACAAAAAGGAGCACCACCCGCAGUCGUACAACAGCUUCAGCUAUGUCAUUCACCAACAGAUAGAGGCCAUAACAUUUCAAGUGGAUAUUGUUGUAUUCUAUUUAUAUCAUUGUGGCACCGUAUCAUUUCAUUGGAGACUAUUUAUAUCAUUGUGGUACCGUAUCAUUUCAUUGGAGACUAUUUAUAUCAUUGUGGUACCGUAUCAUUUCAUUGGAGACUAUUUGUAUCUUUGUGGUACCGUAUCAUUUCAUUGGAGACUAUUUAUAUCAUUGUGGUGCCGUAUCAUUUCAUUGGAGACUAUUUAUAUCAUUGUGGUGCCGUAUCAUUUCAUUGGAGACUAUUUAUAUCAUUGUGGUACCGGAUCAUUUCAUUGGAGAUUAUUUAUGUCACUGUGAUGCUCCGAGGAAUAUCAUUGGAUAUUAUUUAUAUUACUGUGGUAACGAAACAUUUCAUUGAAGACUAUUUUUAACAUUGUGCUGUUUAACAUAUUAAUGUCGUGUUUCUAGGCAAUAACAUAACAUUUCGAUUCACAUAUAGCCAUUUGAAGGUGUUGAAUCCAUUUGUACUUGUUCGUAAUCUGCAUUGGUUACCCAAUCAAAUAUUUACCGGAAGUGAGUCGGGCCUAAGGAUGACAGAUAAAGAAUGAUGACUGAAUGCUCCCACCAAAAUUACGUGCUAGCUUUUUUUCAGUCGCCCAGCGGUAGAGGAUACAUUUUAAUUACAGUAUUUCUGACAACGCCUGUUGUCGAUAAAUGUAUAUUUGGUCCCUGUCGCUCAAAAUUUGUUUAUAUUGUUUCGUUGGUUGGUUCAAAUAUAGAACCCGAAAACAAAGAUUGGAGAAAAUGCUGUAUCCUUUCAGUGCUGACGAUUUCCUACCAUUCAGAUAGAUCUAUAUUGAUAAUGACAGUUUUAUUGUUGGCGAUUGGCAUGUUUUAACAUCCCAAUGUAUUAAGUUCAAUAUCCUUUGAGCAAUCGACCCUGAACGUUAAUCUAAUGGAGAUAUCACUUUUCGAAAUAUCCAUAUCUCGUUUAUUUAGAUUCAUUCAAAACGUCUUCGGAAUACAGUUCUGUCAAAAGCUGGGAUGUUGAAGUGUAAAACCAAACAAGUUUGAAAUCACAUGACACUACUAGCGGUGUUGUGACAUAGCUAUUACAUGAUAACGGUUCAGAUACGGAAUGUUUUGAACAAGGCUGCGAUAAAUAUAAACAGCUUGAAUCCUGCUGCGUGUGUAUAUAUGGAAAACAAAGAGAAUGCUGCGACACGCUGCUGUAUGUGAGCAUCAGGAAAAUAACGUAACUAGUUUGAAUAAGAGUCCACAGUACGUGAACACUUUAUGUUAACGCUAUUGUGAAUGAUGUAAAGCUCGUUAUUACAAUAUUUCCGGUAUAUGGUCGCGCUCUCCAUACAUAACAGUUGGUGAUGGAGUAUGAAGCAUCACGUGAUGUAUGUAUAUCAUAGGUAUAUACUAUCACAUUACCCACCAUUAAUAAAUGUACCGUUGAUAGUGAAAUAUUUCACCCCAAUAAUAGAUGAAAGCGAUUUCCUUAAAAGUGCUCCUUCAGCGUUGCGUCAGUUCUGGUUGCACGUUGUGAACAUUUCGAUUAUAGUUCUAAAUCAAUUAUUUCUAUUAGGAUUGUAUUCAGUCAAAGUUUGUUGAUGACGUAGUACAUUGUAUUUGCUGUAUGACGUAGAAUUGUCAAAUUGUCAUUAGUCUAAGGCCAAGAAGUAGAGCCAAUAAGGAUUGUUCCAUGAUGUGUGUGUGUGGAGGGGAGGGGAGGGGAGGGGAGGGGAGGUUGAGCUUCGAAGGAACAUGCGCGCUAUUCACACAAGACCCUCCAAACACUUAGUUCUAUUUACACCUACCGAGACAUUUGUUGAAACUUCCAGCUAAUGUUUGAUCAUCGUGUAUGACCAAUUCCAUGACGAUCACUUUAUCAACAUAUCCUUCUGACAGAGAUAUGAUAUUUUGAUAUUGGGGAAUCGAUGUUAAUAUAGGGUGUAUUUUAGAACAAAACUCUAGAUUUAAAAACCGGAUUCAAAGUCGUUUUAUUCCAUAUUUGAUAUACGUAACAUUUUUCUCUGACUGAGGUAUGUGAGGUAUGAGAGGAAUGGCAUGUUCGAAGGUGACCUUGUGCUUGUUGUGAGUUAUGUGUCGAUUGAUGCACAAACAUAUUGGUUACUAAGGAAAAUAAAACUAAAUUUAUUAUGCA